AGCUGAAUCGGGCUCAAGCGCCAUACAGGGAGAAGGUCCAACGCCCCUGCGCCAUGCCGCAUUUGGAGACGGAGAUGAAGCUGGACUUCAAGGACGUGCUGAUCCGGCCAAAGCGCUCUGCGCUCUCCAGCCGAGCCCAAGUGUCUAUCGAGCGGGAGUUCAUCUUCCCCAACUCCAAACAGACCUGGACUGGCGUGCCCAUCAUCGCGGCCAACAUGGACACCGUGGGCACCUUCGAGGUGGCGGCUGUUUUGGCCAAGCGGAAGUGCAUCACGGCCAUCCACAAGCACUACACCGUGGAGCAGUGGAAGGAGUGGGCUGAAGGCCCGGGCAAGGACAUCAUUCAGAACGUUGCAGUGAGCACAGGCAUCCUGGACAAGGACAUGGCCAAGCUGGCGGAGAUCCUCAAAGCAGUACCUGGAGUGGCCAUGAUCUGCAUUGAUGUGGCCAACGGCUACUCCGAGGCCUUUGUGCAGUGCAUCCGAGAGGUUCGGAAGACCUACCCGAAGGUGACUAUCAUGGCGGGCAACGUGGUCACCAAGGAGAUGACCGAAGAGCUGAUCUUUAGUGGCGCAGAUGUGAUCAAGGUUGGCAUUGGCCCGGGCAGCGUUUGCACAACUCGCAAGCAAACCGGCGUUGGAUACCCACAGCUCUCAGCAGUCUUGGAAUGUGCAGAUGCUGCUCAUGGUUUGGGUGGGCGCAUUGUCUCUGAUGGUGGGUGCACCUGCCCAGGAGAUGUCUGCAAGGCCUUCGGCGCUGGGGCAGACUUCGUGAUGCUUGGUGGCAUGCUGGCAGGCCACGAAGAGUGUGCCGGCGAGACCAUGGAAGAGAACGGCCACUACUUCAAGGUCUUCUAUGGCAUGUCCAGUGACACCGCCAUGAAGAAGCAUGCCGGCGGCGUGGCCGAGUACAGAUCCUCCGAGGGCAAGACGGUCAAGGUGCCAUACCGCGGCCCGAUCGAUGAGACCAUCCGAGAUCUGCAGGGCGGAGUUCGGUCCGCGUGCACGUACGUGGGUGCCUCCACCCUGCGAGAACUGCCCAAGCGCACGACCUUCAUCCGAUGCACCCAGCAGCUGAACAAUGUCUUCAGCACGGAGACAACGAAGGCGAACCCCACUGAGUGUGUGCCGGCAAAGCGCCAAAAGACAGAUGGAUGAGGAGACGGCUCCUCAGCGACCGGGAAGUCUUGAAGCCAUGGACUUGCCGGUGAGUUUUGGAUUGAUUUCCAAGAGAGUCCCGGACCUUCAGCCCGGGGGCUAGAGGCUGCCUCUAGCGGGGGUUUCCAGACCCGCCCUUUGCCGAGAAGUGGCGAGGUGCGGAUGUUUCGGGGUGGGCGCUUCUCUAUGCGCUCCAAGAGGGCACAAGCCCGGGGGAAAGACUCUGAUUUUUCGCGCCGG